AGGGCGACACCUUGGGCACCGGCGCGCAGCCCGCGGAGUCCAGGUUCUACGAGCUCUUGCAGCAUGAGAUGGGCAAAGUGAAUCGCUUCUUCCAGCUACAGCUGCGAACGUUGCUGGACAAGUUCCGAGAGGCACAACGAGCCCUGCAGUCCAUCCAAAAGGUUGGAGGUGCUGAGCCUUUGGCGCGCGCCAACAAAUUGCUGGAAGAGGCAGCAGAUGGCUUGGUGGAGCUGGAUAAGUUCAAAUAUCUGAACUUCACCGGCUUCAGGAAGAUUGCCAAGAAAUUUGACAAAUCGACGAAGAGCGGCGUGACCUUGUCCUCUUGGUUUAUGCCGCAACUGAAGAGGGCCUUUUUUGCCGCCCAUCGGUUGGAUGGGCUUCUGCUCUCACUGUCCUUGGGCUACGCGGCAGUGCGCCGCUUUCAAUCAGGUCAGUGCAGCGAAGCGGUGCCUCUGACGAUGCCUUCGAGGACCAUGACCUUCUGCUUGGUGCCCCUGGGACGCAUGCGUUCCCUGUGUACCUUGGUGAAGAGUUUUCAACUGGUGUUGCCCCCACUGCAGGGACAUGCCUCGGAGGGCAUGUCAGGUGAGGAGCUCAGUUCGGAACUCCAGAAACUGCUCUAUGCGCUGGGAACCGAAGGGCUCCAUGUGCCAUGUCGAAUCGCCACACAGAUGACCGCGGAAUACUUUGAUUCGCCUACCGACGGAUUUCCUUUCUACCAGAGUCAUUUGCAGGCUUGCGCAGGGGAAGGCAGGAAAUCCGUGGGCCUUCCAUUUACCUCUCCGCCUUGGAUAUCAGUCAGUGACAUCCGUCAAAGCCUUGGUUUUCGCGUGCGGCAAACGGGCGAACGGGGCGAUGUGGUGGAGAUGGACGCAGCAGGUUCCUCAGUGGGCCUGAACGCCUUCACACCGGUGCAGCUAGGCAGCCCGGAUGCCUUCCCUUUGGAAGCUACGCCUGAGAUGUCCAGCAGUCUCGAGCGCCUCAAGGCUUCUGCGGAAGCCACUCUGAAGAAGGCGGAAGUCAAGGAGGCCUCUUUCAUGACGGCCUUUGGUGAGCCGGGCUGUCGCGAGCUGGCCACCUUUGCCUCUCAGGUGGCCGGUGCCUGCGCCAGCUAUCGCCUGGAGUCUGUGGCCACCAUUGGCGCCUCGCGGCUGCUGCUGCGGGGCGACACGGUGGAGACCCGGAAUGUUCGCAUGGCCAUGGAUGAGGAAGUGCAGUUUGCACGCGCGCCCGGGGGGCAAGUGAGCGAUGCCAUGGACUUUCCCUACUGCAUGCUGGAGGUCUCCGGUGAGAAUCUGGGCGCCGCAAAAUGGCUGGAUGAGCUGCGCGGCGACGCCGUGCUACGGGAAGCUCCUGGCUUCAACGUGGGAGUCCAGGCAGUCGCAGCGUUGUGGAAAGAUGACGUGCCAUCCUUGCCCCACUGGUACCACGUGGAAGACAGCUUCGACAAGCCUGAGGAGUUCGGCCCUGCGCUACAGCGCAGGGCGGACGAGUACCAGGCGCAGGAAGCACGCGAAGAGGCAAGACAACGCACUGGCUCCGAGCGGAUCCAGGCUCUCCCAGUGGUGGAACCACAAGUUCCGGAGACCAGCGAGCAGGCUGAGAUGAUGUUGCAGCCCAAAGACCUCCUGGCCUCUGAAAGGACAAUGCUUGAAUGGAUGCAUACAGUCUUUGCCUUGGCGAUCAUCGCCAUAGGCCUCUGGAGAUAUAGCCUCACUGGAGAACUCCCUCGGGGCAAGGCAUUGCCGCCGAGUGAUGGUCUCCGGCAGCAGUUCUUCAACAGCAGCAGCCCUUCCAGGAUGCUGCUCGGGAUCUACAGUUUGUUCUUGGUCUUGGUGGCAAUUUGCUUCGGAUGGUAUGCAGUCAUUACGCAUUUGCAGCGCAUCAAGGCGUUAAUGAAGAACGAACAGAAGGACCGAAUCUUCAACCGCCGGACGGGGCCCACCAUCUUCGCAGGCUGUAUGGCACUGGCGCUCGCGGCCCACUUGGGUCUCCAGUUGGCAUAGCUGCCAAUCGCUUGAAAAAACUCACUGCAACCUGCUGCUUGAACUCUUCAGCUUGGACUCACUGAAAUGGGCCGUUGAGCUCAGCAUCAAAGCUUUGCGCAAAGGGAGCAGGGCGACA